AUGGAAUUUGACCAUGAUUCUGACCGUGACUCGGGGAUUGACGAGGGAACUGGGCAGCCCGACCUGCUCUCGUUAACGCCAAGCAUCGUCGAUUACCAGUUGGAAAACGGCAGAUCAUACCAUUCCCAAGAACUCACGCGCUACGAUCUUCAGCACCACAUCUGGCUGUUGACAUUAGAUGGAGAACUAGGCACAAGUCCCGGGCGACACACGGCAAAGAGGGUGCUUGAUUUAGGCACAGGGACUGGUAUUUGGGCUAUCGACUUUGCUGACGCACAUCCUAGCGCCGAAGUUAUCGGUGUGGACUUGAGUGCUAUCCAGCCCGAACUAUUACCUGCAAAUUGCAGUUUCGAGAUAGACGACCUUGAGCUCGACUGGGAAUGGAACCAACCCUUCGACUAUAUUUUCUGCCGCUCUGCGGGCGGCGCCUGGUCGAAUUUCCGGUCCAUCAUCAAGAAGGCCUUCGACAACCUGGAGCCGGGCGGGUAUUUCGAGAUCCAAGACCUGGAGCUCCCUUCGGCCUGCGACGACGGCACGGUGCCGCCGACGGCGGCCCUGUGCCGCUGGCAGCACGCGCUCGUGGCCGCUUCCAACGCCAUCGGCCGCCCCAUCAACUACGCGCCCUUCUGCCUGGACCAUCUCCGAGACGUCGGCUUCGUCAACGUCCACCGCCAGAUCUUCAAAUGGCCGUUCAACAACUGGCCGGAAGACCCGAAGCUGAGGGAGAUCGGCCGCUGGAACUGCGCGAACCUGGACAUGGGCCUCGAGGGCUUCUCCAUGGCGCUGAUGACGCGGGUCAACGGGUGGACCCGCGAAGCCGUCGAGGAGUUGUGCGAGGAAGUCAAGCGCGAGGUCAAGGACACGAGAUUACACGCCUAUUGGAGACAGUGA